AUGUCAGAUUCCAACACAACCCACUUCUCCAACCCCUCCACCUUCAUCCUGCUGGGUGUUCCUGGCCUGGAGGCAGCCCACGUCUGGAUCUCCCUCCCUUUCUGCACCAUGUACACCAUAGCCAUCUUGGGGAACUUCACCAUCCUGUUUACCGUGAAGACAGACCCGAGUCUCCGUGGACCCAUGUACUAUUUCCUUUGCAUGCUGGCCAUCACCGACCUGGUUGUAUCUACGUCCAUUAUGCCCAAAAUGCUGGCAAUAUACUGGUUUAAUUCCAGGGAGAUCAAUUUCAGUUCCUGCCUCAUUCAGCUCUACUUCAUUCACUGCUUCUCAGUGAUGGAGUCUGGGAUCUUUGUGGCCAUGGCUUUUGAUCGCUAUGUGGCCAUUUGCCAUCCCCUGAGACAUUCGACCAUCCUGACAAACCCUGUGGUGACCAAUAUUGGCCUAGCCAUGAUGCUGUGCAGUGGUUUGCUUGCAUUGCCAUUUCCAUUACUGGUAAGGCAGUGGCCGUAUUGCAGAACCAACAUCAUCCCCCUGUCAUACUGUGCACACAUAGCUGUGGUGAAGCUGGCCUGCGCUGACACCCGCAUCAGUAGUUACUACGGGCUCUUUCUGGUAUUUUGUGUGAUUGGUCUGGAUGUACUUUUUAUAGCCCUCUCCUACACCCAGAUCCUCAGGGCCAUCUUCAGCAUCCCUACAAAGGAUGCCCGGCUCAGGACUUUUGGGACCUGCAUCUCCCACCUAUGUUCCAUCUUAGCCUUUUACAUCCCAAAUUUCUUCUUCUCCCUAAUGUAUCGGUUUGGGCAGAAUGUGCCCCUGCAUUUCCAUGUUCUCAUUGCCAACAUUUACCUCUUGAUGCCCCCCAUGCUAAAUCCUAUCAUCUACGGGGUGAGGACCAAACAGAUCCGGGACAGGCUGCACCGGCUCUUUACUCAUAAAAGGACCUAA